AUGCCAGCGCCAGGGGACCAACACAAGUCCUAUUCGGCGAAUAUAAGUGCUUCCAACCCAUUUGAAAAUACCCCUCAACGCAUGAACGUGUAUACCGCACAGGAGAUUGCAUCGCUACAGAGCCGCCUUGACAAGCAAUUAGGCCCCGAAUAUAUAUCCUCACGGGCGGGUCCUGGUGGACAAAAGGUACACUACUUAGCAGCAGAUAAAUGCAUUAAUCUAGCAAAUGAGGUCUUCGGGUUUAGCGGCUGGUCAAGUUCGAUUCAGAAUGUUUCGAUCGAUUUUGUCGAUGAAAAUCCGAACACGGGCAAAGUGUCCUUAGGAUUGUCAGUUGUCAUGAGAGUGACACUGAAGAAUGGAGCAUAUCAUGAAGACAUCGGAUAUGGUCACAUCGAAAAUGCGAAAGGAAAGGCUGCUGCAUUUGAGAAAGCUAAGAAAGAAGGAACUACAGAUGCUUUGAAAAGAGCUUUACGUAAUUUUGGUAACGUUCUGGGGAAUUGCAUAUAUGAUAAAGACUACCUGGCAAAGGUCACCAAAGUCAAAGCUAUUCCGGCCAAAUGGGAUAUCCAAGAAUUACACCGUCAUGGGGAUUUUGUACCUAUCAAACAAGAACCCGUUGUUGCCCCGCUUGUUCCCAAGGCCGAACCUGUCCCUAAUAUCCCGUUUCAAUCAAACGUACCCAAUAUCUCCAAAAAACCACCCAAUGAACCCCUCUCUAUGGACCUUUAUAAUGAUUUCGGAAGUGAGUUGCUUCUCACAAACCACAUAAAUAUUUCUAAAGAUAGUCUAGGCGAUGCGUUCGACGAAGCAGAUUUCGGAGAACACGAUCUUACUCACCCCGAUGAAGUAGUUUUGGAGGAAGAACCCGCUGCUCAAAUCCAAAACAACAAACGCCAGUCAUCCGACGUGCAAAGACAAGGCUAUGCUGCCGGAGGGCCGCCACACGCGAUUCCGAGUCAUAUGGUCACGCCAUCAAAACCUCCCCAGCAGCCUUAUACAGCAAACCCCCCAUUUUCUCAAUCAAAACCAGCUCUCCCAGUCCCUGCGGAUCGUAUAACAAGGCCUCCCCAAAAUCAGUAUACGACCCCCAAGCCUCAAGCAGUAACGCGGUCACAAAUUGUACCAGCCAGGCCUAUGCAAGGAAGCCAAGAUUUCCCUCCUCCUUUACCCUGUGAUCAAAUGAAGGCAGCCAUCGAGCCGGGCACCGACAGCAGAGGAAAUGCAUCUCCGUCGAAGUCAUCGUCUCUAGAUGCAGAUAACCAAGAGAACUCUGUCGUAGAGCCCGGGGUUUGGUAUUCUGCGCAUGCUGCCUACAAAGUCGACCCAGGAAAGGGAGCGCCCACUUUUGAUCCCAAGUUUGACAGCCCAUCGAUUCGAAAGACUCAUAGUGUCGAUCACGCCAAAUCGGCACCAGUUACUCGAAAAACGUUCCAAAACAUACCGCCAUCCUCCAGCCAGGUACUUCACAAAACAAGCAUUAACAAUGCUCCUUCCGGCAGUCAAACUACACCCCUUAGGCCAAAUCCCGAGGCAAACAAAAGGCCAGCACCUAGUAAUUAUCCAACUCCUGCUAGGCCUCCUUUAACAACCUCGUAUCGACCGCCCACCCGGAGAAGCAUGACAGUUGCCCCAAACAACCCCCCGGCACCUUCAAACCCAAAUACCAACGUACACCAUAAUAUGAAUGGCAAAAGGCCGCCCCUGUCGGACAUGACGAAUAUAUCCCCCGCUCCUGAAAAUGCCGAUGCUACAAAGAAGCCUAAGGUCGGUUCCGCUUCCGUUCCUACCGGGGAAAACCAGCAACGACAGGGUGUGAGAAGCAACUGA